ACGAGUGAGGGAGGAGCGGGGGGCAGGGACGCGUCACCCUGUGGAGUGGCCGCGCCGCCCUCACCUCCCUCCCUCCCGCGGACCCAACCUGCCUCUCGGGUUCUUUGUUUGCCUGCUCCACCCUGCUGAGCCGAGCGGUGCUCACAGAAUAUACCACAGGACAGGUUUGGCGUGGCACUGCCCAGCGACCCUGGCUCUUAUCCUUCUGUCCUCGGCGUCGCAGGGAAGGGUUAGCCAAACUUCCAAGCCUUCACCGCCCAAGGUGAAGAAACUAAGGCAUGAUGGCGUCAGAUGGCAUGCUGUCCCUCUCAUGGAACAAUCACAAAGCCACCUUCUGUCACAUUCUCUCUACACUACGAGAAAAGGAGAGAUACACAGAUGUAACGUUAGCAUGUGAGGGAAAGUUUUAUCCGGUGCAUAAACUUGUGUUAUCAACGUGCAGUGAAUACUUUGAAAAGAUGUUUGAGCACACGCCUUGUAAGCAUCCUGUAGUGGUUCUCAAAGACAUUAAGUGUGCAGACAUGGAGGCAUUGCUGAGCUAUAUGUAUGAUGGCGUAGUGAGUGUGUUGCAGCAGGACCUAGCACGGCUAAUAAAGGCUGCCGAGUUGUUACAAAUAAAGGGCUUGGCUGUACCUGAUGAACCUCCUUUGAAAGAACUUAGCAAAAAGAACGCAUAUCCAUGGAGUUCGCGGGAUGACCGGAGUAGUCCGCACCCUAAAAGGAGACGGAGAGAAGACAUAAUGAGCUCCACGUCCCAGGGAAGUUCAUUACCACCCCCUGAGAGCCCCCCUUCCUCUCCCCAACAUCACCAAGAGUCCAAUCAAACCUGGGACCAUUCCAAGUCUCAUAGUCAAGACCAAAGAGGAGAAGAUGGUGUAGACCAGCGAGUGGGUGAUCCAGUGGAGCCAGCAGUGGAGUUCAGCUCUCCCAAGCAGGAAGCCUCGCACAAUCAGGAGCCAGUUGAUGAAUCUCUAGUCAAAGAAGAAGUUAUCGAAGGUUCAGAAGACAACCAGGGAGAAGGAAUGGACUCCAGGAUAGAGUAUGGAGGGAUGGGUGGUGGGGACUCCAGCACAGGAGGGGAAGAGCAAAGUAGCAAGUUCCCUCACCAGUUAGAUGCCAAACACCCACAACCCCUUCAUGAGGCUGUGGUGGAGGCGCUGGCAGGACCAUCUGGCAUGCAGGGGUGGCUUGGAACAGGGGAGCUUGGUGGUGGUUUUUCCAUGCUAGAAGGAUACAGUGAAGAUGGGAACCAGGAGGUGCACCCAGCUUCCUCGGGUCCCCACGGCACGCAGCAGUCCCACCAGAUGGUGAGAGGCCUCGAGGCUGCCUCACGGUGCCCUUGCUGCAGCUACACCACCACGUCCCGCAGUCUCAUGGAGAUUCACAUCGCUACACACACACGGGAGAAGCCCUUUGCAUGCCCUCACUGUCCCUUCAGAGCCUUCCACAACGCUAACCUGAAGACGCACCUACGCAUCCACACUGGAAUGAAGGCGUGGGCUGGCGUGAGUCUAGUCCUAUGGGCGGCGGUGGCGGCAACUCGGGCCGCUGUGGUGCCGACGGGAUCCAGCGCUCCGGAGUUCCAGUGGAAGCACCACAAUAACCAGGAGGUGGAGGCGGUGCUGCGGCAGGUGGUGAGCCGCUGCCCUGACGUGACGCGGCUCUACGCCCUCAGCGAGCCCUCCGUCAGGAACGUACCUCUCUGGGUACUGGAGCUCUCCGACAACCCGGGCCAUCAUGAGCUGUUGGAACCUGAGUUCAAGUACGUGGCCAACAUGCACGGCAACGAGGUGGUGGGGCGCGAGUUGCUACUGAAGCUGGCCCACCACCUGUGUGAGGGUUGGCGCUCCGGGGACCAGGACAUCAGGAACCUGCUCUCCACUACGCGCAUCCACCUGCUGCCCUCCAUGAACCCUGACGGCUGGCAGAAGGCGACGGACACGGGCGCGACGGACUACCUGGCGGGGCGCACCAAUAACAACAGCGUGGACCUGAACCGAGACUUCCCAGACCUGGACACCAUCAUGUUCAUCAAUGAAGUGCGACACUCCCGCUUCAACAACCACCUUAUGGAGCAACUCAACCACUUAGACUACCAGCCCCAGCCGGAGACGUGGGCGGUGAUGAAGUGGAUUAUGAGCACGCCCUUCGUCCUGUCCGCUAACUUCCACGGCGGGGACCUGGUGGCCAAUUACCCCUAUGACGCCUCACGCUCCGGCGCCGCCCACGAGUAUGCCAACAGCCCCGACGACCAGACCUUCAGGCACUUGGCUCGCGUUUACGCUUCUCACCACCCCGAGAUGGCAGACCCCACCCACCCGCCCUGCUUCCCCGGGGACAACCACUUCGGCGACAAGGGCGGCGUGACCAACGGGGCGGCGUGGUACAGCGUGCAGGGAGGUAUGCAGGACUUCAAUUAUCUGGCUAGCAAUGACAUGGAGGUGACGCUGGAGGUGGGGUGUGAGAAGUACCCGCCAGCCUCAGCCCUGCAGCAGGAGUGGGACAAGAACAAGGACGCCAUGAUGGAGUACUUGUGGCAGAUCCACACGGGCAUCAAGGGCGUGGUGCGGGACGCCAUCACGCAGCAGGGCCUCCCCAACGCCGUCAUCCACGUAAAGAACGUUACCCGCAUCAACGACACUCACGUUAGGGACGACCACAUCAACCACGACGUGACCUCCGCCGGCAACGGGGAGUACUGGCGUCUGCUGGUGCCGGGGCAGUACGAGGUGACGGCAGAGGCAGAGGGCCACCUGCCUCUCACCCACGUGGCUACCAUCACCAACACCCCGCGCCGCGAAGCCUUCAGGCGAGACUUCGAUCUCAGCCCUAUCCUGGACGACGACUUCCUGCAGGAGCUCUCCUCCCCAUCCUUCCAGAGAGGGCAGGAAGUGGACCGGGCCUACGAGGACGGCAGGUACAGCGACGACUCCCCCAUGGACGAUCUCCCCCUCGAGCAGGAUCUUCUGGGACGCUUCCGAGGGUUGGGGAACAUGAGGUACUAGGACACCACGCCCCUGCACGCCACCAGCCAGCCACGCCCUCCUCCAGCCAGCCAGCCAGCCAGCAGCACCCAAACAUGCUCUGCUACUAUCACUAAUGCUUUCAUAAUGUGACCUCUUCCAUAUCUCUCUCUCUCUCUCUCUCUCUCUCUCUCUCUCUCUGCGAAGGACAGCUGGAGGAACUGUGGUGUAGGAUCUCUUAAAGAAAACUAUCAAAGAAUCCUACAGCGGCGUUGGUGCGGCGAUAGGAGGAGAAAGGCGCGGAGAGGUGAUGAUGGUGUGACGUGAGGAGGAUGUAAUGUAGGUUUGGGCCAUAUUCUGAGACACUUCUGUGCCACACCUCCGCUAACAUUUGAAAGCCUCAACAUGAAGUAAUGUGGAUUUUUUAGUCUGUUUUUUUGUGGUUCUAGUGACAAAUUAACAAGUUUUCAACAUUAUUAAUAGGAGAAACAUGCUUCAAAAUCUGGUUACUCAUCUUUGCGGCCUUUGAAGAUAGUUGAAGUGAAAGAGCAAAGCGUUUUAGAAUACACCCCAUUAGUUGUGAGGAGCAGCAAGUGGAGGAUGCUGGCGCAGUGAGCUGUGUAGCGUCGUGACAGUAUUACAUCUCAUGGUGAGACCUGCUGACAGCUGAGCAAGGCAGCGGGUUUGUACCAGGUUCGGCUCCACCACCACGACCACUACCAAUAGUAGCAGUAGUAAUAGUAGUUGUUGUGGUAGUAGUAGUAGUAGUAGUAACAGGGGUUGUAGCUGUGAUGGUAGUGGUGGUUGGUGGUCAUGGUACAGACAAAUUACAAUAUCGCGGUAGGCCUAUUUCACUGAUUCACAUUUGCUCUCGUCUAUCUUUUUAGCAGAUUAUAUUUUUGUUCAGUUACGAUCGAGAUAGCGACUCAAACCUGCUAUUCGCGUAAUUAUUGAAGUUGUUCAAUUCAAAGUUUAUAGCAUGACAAGUUCUCAAGUUUUCUCGGUGACUGGAGCUACAUCAACUUUGUACAGUGAGCGAAUACAUACAAAGCAAGUUGAGUUAUUCACAUCGGCUGUACGGAAUCCAGGACCCAUGCAAGUGUCCCUCAACAUAUCGCGUGUCCCAGUGUGUAGACAGUCAUGUGUGCGCACCAAAUUUGUAUAUUUUUAUGCAUAAUACAAUAGCACUUGUG